AUGUACUUCACUAAGGACUGGCCGCAGGCAGUGAGUCUUGUGUGCGACGCGGACAUCGGGGAGGCCAAGCAGAUUGUCACGUCCGGUCCUGUGCUGGUGGUGGUCUGCCAGCGGGGCAUCCAGCUGUGGAGCGCUGGGCGCGUGCGCGCUCGGCUCGCGGUCUGGGCCCUCGAUGACGUCGAGGACAUCCGCGACGAGGUCGCACAGGACGAUUCCGCCGCGGACAGCGCCCCGGGAGCCGAGUUCGGCACCUCAGUGCUGGCGCCGUGCCCCGCGGUGACCAUCCUCGAUGUGGCCGUGUGCGGCACGGGCCGCCACGUGGCCGUCCUGACCUCGACGCACAGGCUGCUGGGGCUCGUGCUGGAGCGGACGCCGCAGGCUGGCAGCGUCAGCGAGGCAGCCGCCGAGGUCGACAGCGCGCCGUUCGCGGGCGGGCUGCGUGUCGGACUGGGCUUUAUGUCCCCCCCGGGGUCUCCACGCCUGCGCGGCGCGUGCUGCCUGGCCGCGGGGCCCACGGCGGUCGUCGUCGGCACUCUCGACGGCGCUGUCUCCGCAGCGUCAUGGCGCGGCGCGUUCCAGGGACCCGUGAAGCUCGCGAAGCACCGUUCUGCUGUCAGCUCCCUCGCCUUGCUGUCGACGCGCUCGCUGCUCGUCGCGUGCUUCGCCGACGGCCGCGCGUGCGCGUUCACCGUCGGGCGGAACGGGUCCGUGCAGCUGUCGGUCCUGCGCCUCCUCGUCGAGCUGUACUCCCCCCUGUCGGGGGCGGUGUCGGUUGCGGUGUCCCCCCGGGGGCCUGUCGCGGCCGUCGGGUUCGACGACGGCACCGUCGCGCUGCACACGAUCGACGUCCCGGACGGCCUCAGCCGCGUCGGCACCGCGAUCACGCAGAGCUCCGGCGCGACGAGCAGCGCCGCGCCCAGCGCCGCGCCAAGCGGGCGCGACUUCGUGGUGGCGUCGAGCGCCGGGCGCGAGGGCGACGACGACGACCAGGACGACGGCGCGAACGCUGUGCUCCGCGCGCAGGACUCGGCGUCCGCGGCGUCGGCCGCGAUGCAGUCCGCGGGCAGCGCGGGCGACAGCGCGGCGCGGCGACUGAGCACGCACGUGGAGCGCCAGGGGUUCGUGGGCGCGCUGCAGCACUCCGACGAGAUGAUCAUGUCGCCCGCAGUGCGCUCCCGGCCGCUGCACCAGCCCGCGUGCGUGCUCUCCAUGGCCACGUGGGGCAUCACCCCUGACCAGACCGGCCGCGUGCUGGCGUUGUCGUGGUCGCCGGACGCGCGCGCGCUCUGCGUCGGCUCCUCGCGCGGAGGCCUCUCGCUUUGGACGAUGUCGGGGUACCGGCUGCUCUCGACCUUCCGAGAAGUGGACGCGAAGGCCGCGGGCGCCGCGGAGACGGAACACCACCAGCUGGCGCGCACUAGCACCAGCUCGGUGCCGGGCCGCGGCGCGACGGGCCCGGUGCCGGCGCUGCUCGCAGGCCGCGUGCCGAGCGUCGCGUGGGGGCCGCACGGGUUCGCGCUGUUCGGCCUCACGGCGCCCCUCGGCCACUCCCCCAGCGACGCGCCUGCGACGCCAGCAGUCCUCGUCGAGUGCCGGCUCCUGAAGCUCCCCGUGGGGAGCCACCGCGUGCCGGAGCCCCCGGGCGCCGGCGUCCUCGGCCCCGGCGGCUCCGCGGCGGCGUGGGGCGGCCGCAGCGAGGGCCACUUGCUGGUGGGCGCCGACCGCAUCGCAAUGCUGUGUGUCGACCCUGGCGUGCCGGGGGCGGCGAGGGAGGGCGCGGAGGGGCAGCGCGGGGGUCUCGGCGGGAUGGGGCGCGGCGGGGAGCCGCGCGGGGCCGCGGCGGGGCCCGCUGGGCAGCACGCGUGGGUGUCGGAGGUGUGCGUCCCGGAGCAGUACCUGCGACCGAACUGGCCGGUGCGCGUGGCCGCGGCGAGCGCGUCGACGAUGCUGUUCGUCGUGGCCGGGCUGCACGGGCUCGCCGUGCACGACCGGCAGGCCGGCAAGUGGCACCUGUGGGGGGACUUGAGCGAGGAGUCCUCCUUCUCGUGCACGGGGGUGUGUUUCGGCGCCGCGCGCGGCGCGCAGUUCGUCGCGGCGGUCACGACGAAGCCGCGCCCGGAGUUCGCGUACCUCGACGGGCUCGGCGCCGUCAAGCCGAACUCGAUGCCGCACUGGGGCCCGCAGUCGGGGCGAGGGUAUCUCUCGCGCUCUGGAAGCCGCAAGGAACAGCAGCACGCCGCGACGCUGCGCAUCGUUCCCGCGCGCGACCUGAGCAACGCCGCUACGAUCGCGACGCUCGACCUCGAGGCGCACCCGUCCUGCGUCGACGUCCUCGGCGCCGACGUCAUGCUGCUAUACCCCCCCCUGGACAUCACCGUUGCCAGGGUGCAGCCGGGGGGCUCGGGCCAGCGCGGGCGCAUCGAGGUGCUGCGCUCGCUGUCGCUCGUGACCACCGCGCUCGAUCCGCUCACCGACGCCUGCCUCGUGCCCGCCUGGAUGCUCCACGAGUCGGACCCUGUGCCAACACCCCCCUGCGCGCCCGAGAACGGCGGCGCGGGGGCGCGGGCGCAGGUCGACACGCUCCCGUCGCACUGCCUCCUGCUGAGCGCGUCGGGCGAGCUGCAGGUCCUCUCGAUGGUGUCGGGCGCCGAACGCCACGUCGGCAGCGGGGUGGAGGUGUUUUGGAUCGCAUCAGCCAAGGCUACGGGCACCCCCGCGGCCCAGACGACCUCCUCGACCCUCGGCCCCCUCAACCUCCUGUCCACCCCGCUCAGCCAGGUCCCACGGUCCCGGCGCUCGAGCCACCAGAGCCGCGCCGCCGCCGCCAGGGGGGGGAGUUUUCGAUCCGCGACCAAGUACCUCGGGGGGGCUCUCGGGGCCCCGGGGGACGCCUCGGCGACAGCGCUCCACACCCUGCGCGAGGAGAUCGCGUACAAGAACCCGCGCGCAGGCAGCGCGGGGCCUUUCUCGGGGCUGGGGGGGAGUCACGGGGGGGGAAUGUCUUUCGGUGUGCACUCGGGGGGCGGGAGCGGCGGGCACGGCGGCGGCGGCGCGCCAGGCAGCGCGCGCGGACGUGCGCAGGACCCCGUCGCUAUGUCGCGGCUCCUCGCGCUGCUGCAGGCCCCGGACGAGCCCUGGCCACCGGCGUGGCAGGGCGGCGCAAGCCAUGGCGGGGCGAACGCGGACCAGCGGCCGAGCGCCAGCUCCGGCCUGCUGUCGUGGGCGACGCAGCAGACCGCGCCUUCGCGCAGGACCGCGCCGUCGAAGUCGCAUGCGGGGAUCUGCGGCACGACAGCGUCUGCAACCACCACAGAGAAGGCGCCCGAAGACAACCCGACGCAGGAGCCGUUCCCGGUGUGGCUGUCGACGCCGCGCGGCAUCGAGCUGCGGUCGCUCCAGCCCAGGGCGCCGCUGCGGUCCCCGGCCGAGGCCCCGCCCGUCAAUGACGACGCCGCGCUGUCUUUGUCUACGGUGGACACCUCGCUCCCGACGCCCGGCGGGACGCCGAAAGGGAAGUCCGUCCGCGUCGACUCGCUCGUGCGGCGGUCCCUUCGCGCGGAGGGGUCGCACAGCAGCACCGCGAACGAGGCGGCGCCGCUGUCGGCCCUGGAGGACCGGCGGCUGGCCUUUCUGCAGGGCAGCGACUCGCUGCGAGACUCGAUGGGGCCCUUCCGGGCGGCGAGCUCGCGGAACGCGCGGCUCAUGCACGCGCUGCGCGAGGCGGGCGAGGCCAACGACGGGUCGGACGAGCCGGAGCAUCCAGAGCUGGAGUCUGACCGGGAGGGGUACCCCGUGGGGGUGUCCGGCACGCACAUGGCCGCAGUGCUGAUGAGCCUGCGCACCGUGUUUGCGACGGGCACCGGUGCGGCGGGGGGCGGCUGGGCAUCGCCCGCGGCGAUCGCGACUGACAUUGCAGCGGAGGCGCGUGUGCUGGCCUGGGGCGCCUCCGCCGGCGCACAGGCCCCGGCUGCCCUCAUGCUGCCCGCGAUGGUCGCAGAGCCGUCGGUGCGGACUCUGCUGCCGUGCCUGUUCAGGAGGCUCCUCGCAAGCGGCGCGGAGCAGGCGGCGUGCGACCUCGCGGCGGCGCACGCGGCGUCGCCCGGGCUCCCGGGCGCCGCAGAGCUGCUUUUGCUGACCGUCCUGCACAGCGAGUCGAGCGCGCCGCAGCAGACCGAGGAGGACCGCGUCAGGGGGUGGUUCGACGGCAAAACCGAGUCGGAGCUCUGCACGGGCGACGCACUGCUGCGCGGUGCGGUGCGGCUGCUGCGCCAGACCGAAUGCUUCGGCGCAGCCGUGGUCUGCGUCGCGCGGAAGACGGAUCCGUCGCGCUGGGUGCGGCUCUUCGACGCAGUCGGACCGCCGUCGGGCAUCGUCGAGGACCUCCUGUCGCACGGGGAGCGCCGGCUGGCGUCGUGCGGGCUGCUGGUCGUCGACCGGCUGGAGGGCGCGAACGUGGCGUGCGGCCUCGCGCUCCGCAUCGCGGACCAAGUCCUCGAAUUCGGAGAAUACGACGUUGCUGCGGAACUGAUCCGGUUUCUCGCGCCCGGCCGCGACAACGCCGGGGGCACGCGUGCGCUGGUGCAGCGCGCGCUCAAGGGGCUGGACAUCGUGUCGCCCGUGACCUCGAACCGGUCGCUGGAGCGCAACGACUCCUCUGGGAAGCAGAGGUCGGCCACGCCACCGCAGUCCCCCACUGAGCGGCUGCGGGGCAUCCUGCGCGCCAAGGGGGCGCAGACGCCGAGCGACGGCAGGACGAGCCCGCAGAAGGUGUCGCUGGACGUGCCUUCGGAGUCUGAGAGGCCUGCAGUGAAGCACAGCUUCGACUCCCCCCAUGCUAGUCAAGCGAAGAAGUCGGCGUCCCUCCGGCUGACGGCCGAGGUGCUCGAGCUGGCGUCGCCGCCCCGGACGCGGCCAGGGCACAGGCACUCGCACGUGCCGUCGUUCCUGGACGGCCUGGUCCCCCCAGAGGACGAAGCGUUCCAUUUCUCCCCCCCCGCACACGCGUCGACGCCCGUGCCGCCGUCGCAGGCCCCUCGCCCGCCGCCGAGCAUCGACAGCAGCAGCGUCGAGAUCGCCAAGUUCACGGGCUCCGCGCUCGCGGAGUCGUCCAAGGACGCCGCCUCGCAGCGCGCAAGCAACGGCAAGGGAUCCGCGUCCGCUCAGUCCUCUCGAAUCAGCUACGCGAGCAAAGACGUGGCCUCCGACGACGAGAGCAGCGGGCUGCCGAACGCGCACCCCGUGCUGCGCUCGUCGAGCAAGCAGCUGCGGAACAGCGCGGAGCACCGCGUUGUCAGUCUCGUGGAGGGAAUGGCAGGGGGGGACAGCGUGGCGGGCGCAGACCGCGCGGUCGCGGGACGGUCGCGCAACGGCGCGGCGCCGCGCACGGCGGCGAUGGCGCAGCCCGUGCAGCGGCGCGCGAGCGCCGGAGCGCACGUACCCCGGUUCCACGGCAGGGACCCAGAGGGGCCGGCGCAGGGCGGCGCUGGCCAGGGGGAAGGUGACGGCGGGUGGCUGUCGCAGCUGAUGGAGUGGGUUGCGCCGCGGCCGCCGAUUGCGCCGCGGACGCCUGUGGCGCAGGAGGCGGACGAGGCGGCAUCGGGCGCGCCCGGGGGCGUCGCGGACAUGGAGGGCGCGGCACGCAACAGGCAUGGGCGGUCCGCUUCGCUCGCGGCGAGCCUGGCGUCGGCAGGGCGCGGGUCUGCGUUCGGCUCGACGAUGGUCGGGAGCCCGCCGCGGUCGGACGCCGCGAGGGAGCCGGGGGUGACGGGGCCCACGAGGCGGCUGGCGCACCCAGACGCGCCACCGCUGUCUCCGAGGGAGGUGCUCGAGGAGAUUCUGGCGCACCCCGAGGUUCUGAAUCUGCCGGAGCCGCCCGUGGAGUUCGAGCUCAUGGUCCUGCUGGCCUCGCACGCCGGCGGCCUCCUCCGCGAGGGCAGGCUGAGUCAGCUAGUGUCCCUGACGCGGUCCCUCAUCCCGCUGGGCAUCCGCCCGGCGUCCGUCCUGCGCCUGGCCGAGAUGGUCGCGGAGAUCGAGCGGCAGGCGCAGGACGACGACGUCACGGACCUGCAGAGCCCCGGCGGCAGCUUCGUCAAACCUCUGUUCACCUUCUCCCCGUGGGAGGCGGCGCUCGCGCCCGCGAACGUGCCUCCGGGGGCUGCGCGCGAGCUCGUGCGAGGCGCGAUGGCGACGUACGCGCUGUCCGUGGCCCGCGACGAGUUCGGGUGGGACCUGGAAGAGGGGGCGUUUUCGGGGGGCGGCGCUGCGAGUGUGGGCGGCACGGGGCUGGAGGGCGACCGGGAGGAGGACGUGCGGCUGGGAACGGAGCUGCUGCUGGACUCGUUCGACGAGCUGGAGUGCACGGUGUGGGUGCUGGCGCUCGCGACGUUGCUGGGGCACGUGCGCGCACUGAUUGGCGUCAGAGCGCGGGAGCCGGAGUUGUGGGGGGAGUUUUCGCGAAGGGUGCGGACGAGCUACGACUUCGUGGCGUUCUGGGGCGUCAUGGACCGGGUCAAACGCGUCACAUGA